CGCGGCCGAUGAGCUGCGUACCGGUCACUGUCGGCCAGCUCGGCUCACUGUCUCCAGGCAGAAGCAGAAUGAGAUGGGCAGUAAUACUAAAUAGGUUGCAACAAACACCAACUUUCAUUCUUCUGCAUCCUAUGCACAUUUGAACAUGGCUGAAGCAGGACCUUCCAGCUCUAACGAUGCAUCAAGCAGCGGCAUCCAAAGUCCAGAACAGAGGCUAGAAAGGGCUUCAGAUUACAAGAACGCUGGCAACGAAUGCUACAAAAACAAGGAUUACAAAGGUGCCAUUGGGAAGUACCACAGGGCCCUCAUGUGUAUCAAGGACUUAGACAUGGGUGCAACAAGAAGAAACAUGAGUGCUGCUCUUGGUCUAGCAAGGCCAGGACCAGGUCAGGAUCAAGCAGCAUCUAGCCUUAAUCAAGCAACUAUACCUCAGCAUAUGUUGGACCAGGCAGCUGAAUUUGAAUUGAGCUGUUUGAACAAUUUAGCAGUGUGUCUACUUCAACUACCAGCUCCUGAUUACAGCAAAGUAGAAUAUUACUGCAAUCAAGUCCUUGAUAGAUCUGACAGGAAUGUGAAAGCACUGUAUAGGAGAGGAGUAGCACGCUAUCAUCUACAUGACUAUGAGGGUGCGCAUAAAAGUCUUUCGAAAGCAAACAGAAUUUCACCCGAAUCCAACAUCAAGAAAUACCUGCAGCUGUGUGAUAAAGCCAUGCUAAAACAGGCAGAGGACGAAAGGACAAGAUACAAAGGAAUGUUUGACAAAUUGGCUGCUAAGGGAGACCACUGACCCCAUUCACACCAAAGAGAUUUUUUUAUCCUAUGUGAUAUCAGUGUGAACGUUACUGUUGGACUGCAUGGCGAUGUACAGGGCAGGACGAGUGCAAGCAGAUGGACCAAGAGUUUUGCCCUGUUCACAUCAUGAUUUCUGCACUGCUUAGUUUCAAUUGUGUGAAUGACUAUGCCCAUGACUGCCGCUGGAAGCCCAGCCUUUAGGAUUUGAGGUAGAGUGAAAUCUGUAUAUAAAGACUGCCGGAGAGAUACCAGAAUAGCGUCUUUAUGAGCAGGUGGUCUUUCAAGAUGGGCACCAUUUAUAAACAUUUGGGGGAUUAUUCAGAGGAAACAAAUCCUUUGGUCUUUACAGACCUGGUGUAUCGUCUAGACAGGUGAACUCUAAAGCUGUUUUAUUUACCACCAUCCAUUGUGGAACUAUCUCCAGGCAGUCAUAAAAUGAGAGUUUGGUUGUAAUUAUUGAAGAUCAUAUGCUUACCCAAUCCACAUUUUCAUGUCAUAUCGUUCAUCCGAACCAUCGUAUCAGUCAUUUUUGGUUUACAAAAAAAUUGAUUUUGAGAUUUUUGCAGAAAAUGAAUGUACAAGUCCAAUUCUAUUCAUAACUGAAUUUCUAGGCAGCAAUUUAUUUUAGUUUCUGAGAUAUGAGGGGAUUUUCACAGCGAUGCCAUACAAGUUUUAAUAAAAUGCGCAAAACCCAUUGGAAACGUGUGCUGUAGCAGAGCGAUACAGCGUUUUGACUGACGGCGAUUUCAAUGCGCGCGGUCAACCAAACUGUCGUAUCGGCUAUCUGCACUGCAUUGACUUUGCAUGUGAAAAGCUAUACAACGUUUUGACUGACUGCGCACAUUGAAAUCGCGGUCAGGGUUGUUGCAUUUUUGUACAGGGGAAAUCUAAAAUGCUCGAACCGAAAUUACAAGCACGGAGCUCAUUUGUUAUAUUUUCUAUGAUCCUUGGUUUUGUGUAAAAAUAAAGAUACCAUUCUCAAGCUAUUGUCUUGGUCUUUCCAUGUGUUUUCUAGCAAUUCAUGAAUAUGUUGUAAGGCUGGAGAACUAAGUGUGAAAAAUAUAGUAAAUUUUGAAGUCGAUUUUCUCUAAAAUGGGUUUUAACCGUCGUGUGUGUUAUACGACAGUUCGGAUGACCGCCAACGAUAUUUAUAUGUUCAAAUGCAUUCAUUGCUGAUUCCUGUAAAAGAACCCUAGCAUUAUUUUUUGAUAACGUUGAUGUGUACACCAUUCACAAAUAAAGCUUUUUUAUAGAGUGUAAGGGCAAAAAAGAAUUAGAAAUUAAUACAAAAAUAAACUUAUUUAUCUAUAUUCAGAGAUACAAGUCAUUUUGCUUUGCCUGAUUUCAAGCCUGGACAGCUUUUCAUUUCAGGAUUUUUCAAGGUUUUUUCAGCAUAAUGUUUCAGCUUUCAUAUGCAUCUGGAAUCUGUGUUUAUUUGUGAAAUGUUACAGAAACAAGAAAAAUAUAUUUUUCAAUAUUUUCAAUAGUACGUCUGUCACUUACUUUUCAUGAUAUCAUCUUGAAAUCUAUUUUUUGUCUUUUUUUGGACAAUAGUAUGCUGUACUGUACUUGCUGUAUUGAGCCGUAAUUAUUUGAUAUGACAAUUCAGUUCAGUAUAUGAUUGUAUUUGAUAACAAAACACAUGCAAUAAACUAUGUUCAGCUGCAGACAACUCUAAUACAUAUUUGAAAAAUGUGCAAAAUUAAAAAAAAUAAAUAAAAAAGACCUUUUUUUAAAAGGCAGUGAAUUCUUGAUUUUUUUUUUUAAUUUUGCAGAUUUUUCAAAUAUGUAAAUUUUACCUAAUCUGAUAUCAUUGCACCUCAGGACAGCAUGCUCAAACACAAAAUCGUGAAGCCUCUCGUUCUUCAAACUGAAAAUACAGUCAUUUGACCCAAUGUUUUUUAAAUCUUUUCUCACCUCUCUCCUCUCCAAAGUAGAUAAUGGCUUUUCCCCAUUGAUUGUCACCCAAUUAUCACCUAUUGUUCAAGAUUUCCCAUUCCCAGUUGUAAACCUAAUUCAGUGUACUGAAAGAAUGACUGGUUACAUUAUGAUCAGGAUACUGCUAAUCUCUUCCUACCUCCUAAUCUCUGCUAAUCUCCUAUUAAUCUUAAUCAUGGUCAGAAUUAGGUGUACAUUCAUGACAGUGUUCACCUUAAUUAGGUUAUUCUACCUCAUUUACAGUAUGCAAAACAGGAUUUGUUUUUAUCCUUGCUUGAAAAAAUGAGAUCUUUGAAGAGUAGAUUAUUAUUAUGCACGUAGGUGCUGAAUAUUGUAUCGAUCCCCACCAUCAAGCUGAUAUUUCUGCGCAACAUAGAGAUAGAUAAAUAAUUGCAUAAUUAUCAUAAAUUUUCAGAUGGUUUACUUGAAUUGGUUUUUAAAGCAGAAUGCUUAGAAAUAGAAAUGAUGUACACACAUAAAUGACAUUGAUCUGGAUGUUAAUAUACAGAUAAGUGGUAAAUUAUUCAUGGAAAACAACAUUGCUCAUAUAAUGAUUUAUUAAUUGUUUUUCUUGAAAUAUUUGUUAAUUAAGAAAUUAUGCUCGAAGUGAUCCAAUAAGUGCAUAUCACUAUCAAGAUUUUUUUUAAAGUGUAUAAAAUCUUGCCUUGUUAACAUCAAAUAUGCUGCAUACUGUAUGUGGCAUAAUGUAAUAAUUGUCUCACCUGCAUAGCAGAGCGAGACCAUAGGUGCCGUUUUACAGAUGGUGGCGGCUGCAGCAUCAACAUUGAAAUCGUAUCAACUAUAAGGUUAAGUUUUUUUAAGUGUCAUUGUAACUUAGGAAAUAUAUGGAC